ACAAGUCCCAACAUCCUCUGCGAGUCACAAGCCAUUUCCCGGUGGCAGGCGCAGCGUGGAAGCGGAUAAAUGCUCGCGGAAACGGUGGAGGAGAGGUGUUCUUUCGCAAUGGCAGCGUCUGAGGAGGAGUCUGAGGCCCCGACCAAGCAACUGGAUGUCGCGCGCGGCUUGGAAAACCUGCCCGUGAGCGUGUGGCCCCCAGGGGCUGGGCCGGGGCCCUUCCAGUACACUCCUGAUCAUAUAGUUGGACCUGGAGCAGACAUUGAUCCCACUCAAAUAACAUUUCCCGGAUGCAUUUGUGUCAAAACUCCCUGCCUCCCUGACACUUGUUCCUGUCUCCGCCAUGGGGAGAACUAUGAUGAUAAUUCAUGCCUUAGAGAUUUAGGAUCCGAAGCCAAGUAUGCUGAGCCUGUUUUUGAAUGCAAUGUCCUGUGCCAGUGCAGUGACCUCUGCAGAAACAGAGUGGUCCAGAAAGGUCUGCAGUUUCACCUCCAGGUAUUCAAGACGGAUAAAAAAGGCUGGGGACUUCGUACCUUGGAACUUAUACCAAAAGGAAAGUUUGUCUGUGAAUAUGCUGGUGAGAUUUUAGGAUUCUCUGAAGUUCAGAGAAGAAUUCACUUACAAACAAUAUACGACUCCAAUUACAUUAUAGCCAUUAAGGAACAUGUUUAUAGUGGGCAGAUAAUGGAAACUUUUGUUGACCCUACCUAUGUAGGAAAUGUUGGAAGAUUCCUUAAUCAUUCUUGUGAGCCAAACCUGUUGAUGAUUCCUGUCCGAAUUGACUCAAUGGUACCUAAGUUGGCACUUUUUGCCGCCAAAGACAUUUUGCCAGAAGAAGAACUCUCUUAUGACUAUUCAGGAAGAUUUCUUAAUCUAACGGGCAGUGAAGACAAAGAAAGACUAGAUAAUGGGAAACUAAAAAAACCUUGUUACUGUGGUACCAAAUUAUGUACUGCUUUCUUGCCUUUUGACAGUUCACUGUACUGCCCCAUGAAAAAUCCAAACAUCAAUUAGGCCGUUUCCUGGCCUCUCUCAGUGGGUGGGAAUGAGGGGGAACUAAGCUUAAGUGGCUCAGCCACUUCUGCCUUCCUCUCUUGCAAGCAGUUUAUGCUCGAGGUAAGUCUGCUUCUUGGUAAGCACCCUGUCCCUCCCUAUAGUAAUUCUGUAUCUUUCCCUCUGACUAGUUGCAUAAGUUUAAUUCAGGAAUGUGGUGAACACUGCAGGUUGUCCAUCAGUGCUCUUUCUCCCCUUCUGUGAUAGUAAUCUCAGUUUUGACUAGUUAGAUGUUGCUGAGUGACUAUGUUCUAGCUAAUGGGAUAUAAGCAAAAAUGGUGUUCCCUUUCAUGGAGACAUCCUGCUCUUCUUUCUUUCUGUUGGCUGGAAUAUAUACAUGGGGACUGGGACUGGAGCAGCCAUCCUAGACCCCAGGAUGACUCUGGGAAAGGAACCCAUGCAUAGCAAAUCAAUAAGCUAGAAAGGAGUCUAGAUAACUGGUACCAUAGAACAUUCUGCCAGUCACCUCUAGACUCUUAGGUGAGAUAGUAUAGUCUUUCCCUUGUUUAACCCACUGCUAUUGUAGAUUUUCUAACACUGAACCUAAUCAUAAUGAUCCAAGAAAAUCCCUGUGGCUGCAUACUGAAACCCUGCUUCCCAACCAA